AUGAAGGAAACAAAAGGCUGCAGCUCCCCUGCUAUGGAUGAGCUUCUUGCGCUGACCGGUCUCAAAAAGGUGAAGAUGACAGCCAUCAACCUUUACAAGUCAGCCCUUCAGUUCCAGCGCAUGCCCGCAGAUGUCCGGAAGAAGAACCCGCUCAACUUGAAUUACUGUUUCCUGGGCAACCCGGGUACGGGCAAGACGACAGUUGCGCGAUUGUUUGCCUCGGUUCUGCAUGACUCGGGUUUGCGGAGCAAGAGCACCUUCAAAGAGUGCACUGCGCAGAAGCUCAAGGACGAUGGUGUGGACGAGUUUCGAAAGCUAGCUCAAGAAGCUUUGGAUGGGGUCAUCUUCAUCGAUGAAGCUUAUGACCUGGAUCCAGCUGGGGAUAAGUUCAAGGGUGCCCCUGUAGUCAACGAGCUUAUUACUCUCACGGAAAACGAGCGCGCGAGACUCACCUGCAUCCUUGCCGGCUAUGAGGAUGACAUGAACGCCAAGAUUUAUGCCUACAACACUGGCCUGAAGAGCCGCUUCAACGAAGUCAUUUUCGAGGACUUUGACGCCAAAGAGCUGGCUCAGAUUUGGACGCAUAUGCGUUCUCAACGUGGCUGGAGCGAGGAGGAUCCCCGUUUGACCGAUGUGGUUGUUCGCAGAAUGAUGAAGAGUUGCGGAAAGAAGGGCUUUGGCAACGCCAGAGAAGUUAGAAAGUGCCUGGAAGCGGCAGCCGAAAGGGCGAUGGGCCGAGCAGACUUUGAUCCCGAAGCCAUGUUACUACAGUUCGUGGACGUGGUGGGUGAGGAUCCAAGAUCCAACCCAAAGCUUCAGCGAGUUCGUGAUGACAUCGAGCGCAAGACGGGCUGGAAGAAGAUCAAGAAGACCAUUGAUGUCUUGAUUAUGGUGUGUGGCACCAAUUAUCAAAGGGAGCUAGAUGGCGAAAAACCAUUGCCUGUCUUCCUCAACCGCAUGUUUUUGGGCAAUCCAGGCACAGGAAAAACCACAUGUGCGCAGCUUUAUGGGGAGCUCUUGAAGAACUUGGGCUUCUUGAGUUCUGGGGAUGUGGUGUUCAAAACGGCUGGAGAUCUCGGAGGUUCCGUGGUGGGCGAAGCUCAGCAAAAAGUUCUUGGUGUGCUGCAGUCCGCUGCGGGCAAGGUCUUGGUAAUUGACGAGGCCUACAAUCUCAAUGACAGCAUGUACGGCAAGCAGGUGUUGGAUGUUCUUGUGGAGAAAGUUCAGGGAGGAGAGAACGAUGACAUUGCAGUGCUGCUUCUGGGGUAUGAGGAUCAGAUGCUAUCCAUGCUCCGGGAGCAGAACCCUGGACUUGCCCGCAGGUUUCCUCCAGAACAAGCCUUCUACUUUGAGGACUACAGCGAUCAGGAGCUCAUGCAGAUCUUGCGCGUGCACUGCCAGAGCGAAGGUGUCAAGCCGACCAUGGAGUUUCAGGAGAAGGCAAGGAAAAAGUUGGACAUGCUGCGCCGAAGUGAGUCGCACUUUGGCAACGCUGGUGCCGUAAUGAACCUGGUGAAGGCAGCCACACUUGAAGCAUCAUCUCGCGCACAAGGAGAAGGCCAGAUACGGUUGGAGCCAUCGGACAUUGACAUCGGACCAGAAGAUGAUGUUCAACAGGACCCCUUUGCCCCACUUGACAAGCUCUACCGGAUGGAUGGAAUAAGGAAGAAGCUGGAACAGCUGAGCAACGCCUUCGCUGUGGCUCAGGAGGAGGGAGAUGAAGCCCCGGAGCUUGGCCACUUCGUCUUUACUGGCGCCCCCGGUACCGGCAAAACGACAGUGGCUCGAGUGAUGGCGCAGAUUCUCUUUCAUCUGCGGCUCCUGGCAAAGGAUCGUGUACAAGAAACCUCCGGCCUGAACUUGACUGGAGAGUACGUCGGGCAGACGAAAAAGAAAGUGGAGGAACAGCUGGAGGCGGCGAAAGGAGGUGUCCUUUUCAUCGACGAGGCGUACGAGCUCGGGAAAGGCCCUUUUGGCCAGGAAGCUUGUACUGCCAUUGUGGCAGCAAUGACAGAUCCAAAAUAUGCAGGUGUGGUGAUCAUCAUUGCUGGAUACCCCGGUGACAUCAACAAAAUGCUUGACAGCAAUCCUGGCCUUAAGAGCCGCUUUACUCAUUUCUUUGAGUUCCCAGAUUGGACAGCUGGGGAUUGUGUGGAUUUGAUCCAAAAGCGCGCUGCGCAGGGCAGCUAUGGCCUGACCGCAGCUGCUGCCACAGUGCUGGAGGAGGGCUUCCAGCAUCUGCGCAAGCUGGAUGGCUGGGGCAAUGCGAGGGAUGUGGACAAGGUGUGGAAGGCCUCGCUCCAGCAGCGAGCAGAUCGUGUGGUGGAGAAGUCGGAAGGCGCCGAAAAGACACUACAAGCUAGCGACGUGCAACCUGCAAUUGGGAACCUUCUGGCGGCUAGACGCCCCAAAGCAGCGCCCAGCAUGCCGAUGUUUUCUUGGGAUGAUCUGUCAUGUCAGAUGCCUGAUUCUCGAACCAAGGAGCAGCCAACAGAAAGUCUGAAGUUAGGCGAGGCAGAGGCGACGCCGGCUCCUGCUGAAGCAGCACCUGAUCCCAUGGAUAUGGAGCAGAGGGAUCCAGGAGUAAGCGAUGAAGACUGGCAGGAGCUCCAGCAAGCCAAGGAAGCCUUUGCCCAAGAGGAGGCGCGUGUGGCCCGGGAGCUUCAGGAGCUGGAGGAGCGGUUGAAAGAGGAAGCCGCGCGACGCGAGCAGGAGAGAUGCAUUCCACGUUCCACGGGCACUUCAUUUGCUUCGUACACUAGAGACGGCAGUUGCGCGAACAUGAAGUCCCUGCUCGACUUUCUGCGUUUGUUGUUGUGCCUAAGUCUCCAGACCGCCUGGAAGCCAGGAAUGACCCUUCCAGGCCUGUGA